UUGGGGAUAAAACGAGGCGCGGAGAGCAGGCUGGGGCAUUUCUCCCUGAGAUGGCGGGUCCGACAGCUGCAGCCCUGCGGCCCGGAGUCCUCCUGCUCCUGCUGUCCAUCAUCCACCCCUCGCAGCCUGGAGGGGUCCCAGGGGCUGUUCCUGGAGUAGUUCCUGGAGUAGUUCCUGGAGGAAUUCCCGGAGUUCCUGGAGCCAUUCCCGGAGUAGUUCCUGGAGCCAUUCCCGGAGGGGUUCCUGGAGGAAUUCCUGGAGGAGUCUAUUACCCAGGACUGGGGCCUGGAGGCAAACCGCCCAAGCCAGGGGCUGGACUCCUUGGGGGAUUUGGGCCAGGUGUUGGCGGGCUUGCAGGAGCUGGCCCUGGGGCAGGUUAGUGUUGAUACCCA